AUGGAGCCUAUGACUGAGAGGGAGGAGGAGGAGGAGGAGGAGGAGGAGGAGGAGGAGGAGGGGGAGGAGGAGGAGGAGGGGGAGGAGGGGGAGGAGGAGGAGGAGGAGGAGGAGGAGGAGGAGGGGGAGGAGGAGGAGGAGGGGGAGGAGGAGGGGGAGGAGGAGGAGGGGAGGAGGGGGGGAGGGGGGGGGGGGGGGGGGGGGGACGGACGCAGCAGGAGCAGGAGGAGGAGCAUCUAUCUCCCUGUGACACAGGCCAGUGUGGACCGUGCAGUAGUUUUGGCCUCAGUGUAA